UCAGCUGGGUGUGCACCGGUGUCACAAAAGAUAAACCUCCAGUCAAUCAGCAUCUCUACCGAUGGCAGUGGUUACAUUUGAAGACCAGGAGUUUGAAAACGUGUGUAAGGAGCUACAAAGUCCCCAGCUAGACGGAGGAUGGGAGUUCUUCACAGAGUCACAUGACGUGCAGAUCCACAGAUUAUACAGGGAGGAGUCAGGUCUGUACGAGUACAAAGUCCUGGGAACGUUAAGUGACGUCUCUCCCCAAGUCUGUGCUGAUGUCUACAUGGACCUGGAGUAUAGGAAACAAUGGGACAGUUAUGUCAAUGAGCUGUAUGAGAGGGAGGUGGAAGGGAAGAAAGUCAUCUACUGGCACGUCAACUUCCCCAUGUUCAUGUCCAACAGAGAUUAUGUGUACAUGCGUGAACUGCGUGAGUUUGAUGUGGACUGUGGCCAUGUGUGGGCUGUGUUGGCCCAGAGUACAACCUUAGGAGACGUUCCUGAGAAAGAUGGCGUCAUCCGCGUGGACGACUACAAGUGUUCGCUUGUCUUUGCGUCAGAUGGUAAACAAGGAACAAAAGCCUUCAUGUAUUACUAUGACAACCCAAAAGGGAUGAUUCCAACCUUUAUCAUCAACUGGGCAGCCAAGACUGGUGUUCCAGGCUUCCUGACUUCUAUGCAGAAAGCCUGCAGGAAAUACCCAGAAUUCUGCAGCAAAAGGAAAACUGCCACAUCAUAACACAGAGGAACUCACACAUGUCACAAACUAGGGAAGACUGGAUGUAGCAAAUAUGUGGCUAGAUAGAGAGUACUUGAAUAGAUAUUGGAGAAAAUUGAGAAGCAAAUUUGUGUCUAGGUGUUAGCAAAAAUCAGUGUAGCAAAAUAUUGUGUCUUAUAUGUAUUGAAAAAUCUGAAUUUGGCAUAACUUUGUCUAUAUGUUCAGGAAACAUUGGCUGUAACAGAAUUUUAAUGAUCUAGAUAUGAUAGUGAUAUAAGUUCUUCUUGUUUUUUCUUUUAAAAGCAUGGUGCCAGAGUGAAAUCUGUCUGUAUUUCUGGCAAUUUUAUUAAUUUAUUAGAGGCACCGUCAUAAUACAGAAUAACUCAAACAUGUCACAAACUUCUCUUACAUGUAGGAAAGGUUGACUAUAGCAAAAUUGUGGCUAGAUAGGGUGAAAAUUGAGGGUAUCAACUAUGGCUAGAUAGAAGAGAAAACUGAAUAACUGAAUGUAGCAAAAUGUUAUCAGAUAGAGGAAAAUGUAGAAGAUAGCAAACAUUGGGGAAAUUGAAUGUUGUGAAAUUGUCGCAUUAGCAAAGGUAGCAAAAUUAUUGUUAGAUAGAGGAAAAUGUAGAAGAUAGCAAAAUUGUGGCUAGACAGAUAGGGGGAAAAUGAUUGUUGUGAAAUUGUGGCUGUUAGCAAAGGUAGCAAAAUUGUUGUUAGGCAGAGAGAACAUUUUGAUGUUUUAAUUGUUCCACAAAAGUGUGAUGCCAGACUGAAAUUAUAAAUCUUAGAGUAAAUCUGGCAUUUUAUUGGUUUACCCAAGAUGCAUGGAUUUUAUUCGAUUUUAUGAAUUUUAAAAUCACGGCAAGAAUGAGUUUUCAACUUACGUCAUCAAACAACAAGAACACUCAAGAAAUGAAUGGUCGGAAAAUUUCACACCGUUACUUGCUGUUUCUGUGAGUAUGUAGAACGGUAUUCUUUCUAUGAUUAAAUUCUAUUUUCCGGUUA